UCCCCUCCCCCCCCCCCUUCCAAACUCUCUCUAUUGCAUUUUUCAGCACAUUCCACUUAUUCCAUGCACUCAAAAAACUUCACCUUCUUCAUCAUAUUUAUCCACAUUUCCUAAAGCCAUAAUAUUUGUGAGAUAUCUUUUUUUACAAUUGGAGGCUCCUGGAAUUCAAGCCAUAGAGGUGUCAAUUUCUAAUUUGUUGAUAAAUGCACUUGUCUGCCAAAAUGAUCCCACUAAAGCUGACUUGGCGGAGUUCAAUCAUGGAGAAACAUGUGUAACCAUAAGCCUCCAACCCGUUUCAUGCCCAACCUCAAAUUAUUGAACUACUUACUCAUCACUGAAUGGAGAAGAAGGGGCAAGGGGAAGCUGUUAAGGGUCCCUGAAUAAAAUGAUGGAUCCAAAAGCUAGCCAGAGUACAAGUUAGUAGUAGUAUAAGGUGCCAUAAUGAUUCAUCUCCAUAAAUUUUAGAUCUUUAUUUUUGUUUCUUUUUUUUAAAUGAAUCAAUAACUACCCCCCUCCUUUUUUUUUCCUUCCCUUUCUUGUGUGUGACUCAACCUCUACACCUAUUUUUUUUAAAAAAAAAAAACUAGGAGAGACAGUAAUUUCAAUUUCGCCCAACUGAGUUGCCAAAAAACAGGAGACAAAUAAGAUUAAAAAAAUAGAAAUAAAAAAAUCUAUUGGAAAAGAAAGGCACAACCUGAAAUAAUAUAAUAGAUUAUAGAAAAAGACCUCUCUUUUUCUACACUGUUUAUAAUUUUUUUUUUUUUUUUGCCUUUCUUUUCAUUUCAAUCUUUUUCUCUCCUUUUCUCUCUCAUGAGAGAGAACCAUAGAGAGAGAGGAAGAAAAAGGGAUACAAAGGCUUAUAGCAAAUGAAGAAUACAAUUAGAUGCUGCAUAUCCUGCAUUCUUCCAUGCGGAUCCCUCGACGUAAUUCGCAUAGUUCACUCCAAUGGCCGCGUUGAAGAGAUCAGUGGAAGCAUCACAGCUGAAGAAAUCAUGAAAGCUCAUCCGAAACACGUUUUAAAGAAGCCCUCUUCAUCAUCAUCAUCAUCGUCAUCAUCAUCAUCUUCAGAGCUAGAAGAAGGGAAUAUUUGUCCAAAAAUCGUUAUAGUUCCGCCCGAUGCGGAGUUACAACGUGGGAAGAUUUACUUUCUGAUUCCGGCUCCCGAAAAGAGCCAUAGUAGUAAUAAGAGCAGUACUAAACGUGCUUCUUCCAGGUCAUCAUCGAAUUCAUCCAGAAGGAAAAAAAGGGAGGCAGCUGAUCAUCGUCAUCAAGGCAAUGGGAAUAAUAAUAAUAAUAAUGUUAAUAGUACGAGUUUUAUGGUUUCCGAUCGGUAUUUAACUGAGAUUUUAUCGGAAAAAGUAUCAACGCAAAGGGAUCGGAGGAGAGGUCGGUCUGGAAUUUGGAGGCCUCAUUUAGAGAGCAUUUCUGAGACCUCAGGUGAAACUUGUUAGUCAUCCAUCAUCAAGGGUUUUUUGUUGUUGUUCUUCUUCUUCUUUUUCAAUUUCAUUUUUUUUUUUGUUCGACAUUUUCCAGCUGAAAGUUCUGUAGGAGUUCUUCGUGUUUAAGCCUACACGAUUUUGUUGUCUUUCAAUAUGUUUUGUGUAUAAAAGGACGGAAAAAAAAAAAAGAAAAAGAAAGAAGAAGGUGAUUUAAUUAGGAAAAAAGAAAAGAAAACCCUUGAAUUCAGGUGUUCUUUUCAAGGUCUUCGCCUAGCUUAGCUAGCUGUAUCUUGAAUUCAAGCUUGAUCAUCAAAGUUUGCAAAACGUUAAGGCAAAUCUGGAGAAUUAAUGUACUCUUAUGAUCAUGCCUUUUGAAUUUGUUGAUGCAAAUGUGAUCAUAUACUUUUUAGUGUUGCCCAAUGAAAGAGAUCGACCAAACAAUAUUAACGUUUUUUUAGCAACCUUUUUGAUUCAUCAAUUGGCAUUAUUUAGUGUUUUCUUUAGUUAAAAAAAGACCAUGCCGUGACACUAAUGAAUUAGUUUAUAUUUCACUUUUGUCAAAGUGGUGGGAUUGCUUUCGGAGAUAAGCAAAAGAUCUAUGUGAUCAAGACACCUUUAAGUGUUUGUGUAAUGGGUGGUGGUUCUUGAUCAUCAUGGAUUAAAUUAGG